AUGGGCAUGCCUGCUAAAACUAUAACCCAAAUUGAUGAUUUAUUAACAAGAGGAAAUGAGAUCUUAGAUUAUAUUAAGAUAUUCUCCUUUGAACAAUUGAAAAAAGAAAAAGCAAGCAUAAAGCAUCUUUUGUUACAAUUUAGUAGUGAUGAUGAUGCUAAACAUCUAUAUCAUGCUCACAAAGUUUCUCUUGUAUUUAAAUCUCCACAGUUGGCAUGAAGAGAUUGCAUUUCUGGCUUAAAUAAAUAAAAUGGCAUUCGGUUCGAGAGAAAUUGGCUCUGCCAAUUUUCUCUCCCUCAUGGAAUUUUAUUUAUGGGGUUGGGUUUUCUCUUGAGAACUUCUGCACAGCAACAGCCGUUUAACUUUGGGGAUAACCAAAGACACGGCUCCUCAGUGCACUCAAGAUUUCGGAGUUUUACCUCUCAGCACAUCCCCACGGGAGGAUGACCCUUAGGCGGAAAACGCGCAGGAGCUGAGUCUGGACGAGCGACGGCAACGCGCCGGGUGAGAUGUGCGGCGAUUUAUCUGGCGACUAGCCUCAUAGAAGGCUUGGGGUGUGGGCUGACCACAUAUUCCAAGAUGGCUUGGUGACGUCACUAGUUGUCGCUUUGACCCUUUUUUAUUAAGGGGUGUGGGCACUAGACACCUUAAAGACUAUGUAACUAAGUAAGUAAGUAAGUAAGUAAGUAAGUAAGUAAGUAAGUAAGUAAGUAAGUAAGUAAGUAAGUAAGUAAGUAAGUAAGUAAGUAAGUAAGCAUUUCUGGCUUAAAAGCUGCUAAGAAGCUUCAAAAAACAUUUAAUGGAAUUUUGCAGACUGUCAUUUUAAAUAACUUAGAGAAAAUCAGCAGCAGCAUCUAUGAAUGUAAGGAAUUGGAGGGUAUUUGGAAAAUUUCAGAGGAACUUGAUUUUAUCUCACAAUAUAUUCAUCCAUGAUGUAAAUCAAUACUAGAAAAAUCAAUUAAUAAAUCCUUGGAUUCAAUUUGCUCUUCGGAAAACAAAGAAAUUCUAAAAAGAAGCCUUUUAUUUCUGUCAGAAGUCAAAACAGAUAGAAAAAGUGAAUUAAAUGAAGUAAUCAUCUCUAUAUCGUAUUCUACAUUAGAAUGAAUUAAAAAACGAAAAGAGAUUUUAAGCAGGAAUAGUGAGGCAGAAACAUUACAAAAUUUCAAAGAUGCUAGCGAAGAGUUGAUUGAUCUUAUUAAAGUUGCUCUAAUUAAAAUCGACAAUUUACAAGAAAAAGUAAAUCCUGCACGAAAUAAAAUAUCAAAAAUGAUAGAUGAGAUAGGUAUUACUAGAAUAAGAAACAGAGUCAUGGACGAGAGCAAAAUUGAUUUUCUGCCAGAUGAUGAAAAGCUAUUAAAUGAAAAAAUUAUAAAGUCAAAGAUAAUUUAUGAUGCUUUAGACUAUAUGGGAGAAAAAGUAAGGGUUUUAAUCCAAAAAGGUUGAUUUGAUAAUAAUUUACCUAUAUGUAUUAAAGGUUAUUAUUAUAAACUUGAAGCCCCCCCGUGCGAAAUAUUUAAAAGCGAUUUAUUGCUUACUAAAUAUCUUAGCGAAAACCAUAAUUUAUUUUUGAAAUAUUUUGGCUGAACUUUUGAAAAUAGAGUUAAAUGCGAAGAUGGAAUCUAUUGUAUAUAUUCAAUAAUUACAGAAGAUUUUCCUGAUGUAUUAUUGAUAGAUGAUAUUAUUACUCGUAGAAAUAAUAAUCAGAAAUAUUCAUAUGCAGAAUAUUCAAUAAUUGUUAAAUCCUUAUUAAUGGGAUUCUCAUGACUAGAAUCAGAAAAAAUUCUUCAUCUUAACCUAAAGCCCCAUAAUAUUUUUAUAACUCGUGAUAAAAAGAUCAAAGUUGCUGGAUUUAAUAGCUCUAGAACCUAUAUCGAAGAUGAUUUCUCAUGUUCAAAUAACAAAGAAUGGCACGAUCUUUAUAUAGCACCUGAGAUCUAUCUUAAAAGUCUAACAGAAAAAAAAUUCGAUCUAAGCUUUGCAGAAAAUGCUGACAUUUAUUCUUUAGGGCUUAUUUUUAUGCAAAUGUAUUCUUUACUUCCUAUUAAAGAAUUGAACACUCCUGAGUAUUAUGAAGAAAUCAAUGAUUAUGUAUCAACUUUUAAGCCAAAUAAUGUAGCUAAUCUGCUUAAAGGUAUGCUUGCUAUUGAUAGCGCUCAAAGAGUUAGCUUUAAAGAUAGUUUACGCAAUUUUAUUAAUGAAGAAGAAAAAGGACAUACGAGCAUACAAGCUAAAAUCUAUGAGCCAAUAAAAGAUCAUAAUUUAAUUGAAAAUCAUCUAGCAGACUUAUUAAGGAUCGAAGAAAGCAUGCUUCAAAUCAAAGAAGAUUUUGGCAUCAAAUCAAAGAGUUUGCCUUAUGGAGUGAGUCUUGAAUUUAGAAAAGGAUUUUAUUAUGACAGGCCAAUUCUCAUUAGAACUUAUAAGCAUCAAGAUGAAAAAGAAUUACUUCCGUAUAUUAAAGAAGCUAGGCUAUUGCAAUUUUUAGCAGGGAGGCAUUCUACUUUUAUAGACUAUUAUGGCUUAAUUUAUAAUAGCUCACAACCUGACUCACUCUCGCUUAUUACAGAACGUUGUAACUGAAACUUGAUGGAAGAUAUCACACAUCGACAGAAUAAAGGAAAUUUUUUUGACGAAAAUGCUCUCAAAACUUAUAUUGGAUUAUUUCAUUUUAUUUAAUUAGAUUUUAGCUGUUUAAUGAUUAAUAUAAAUUUUAAAAAAAAUGGUUGCUAUUUAUCAAUAUUAAAUGCUUAUUGGCUAUGGAUUUAAAUACUUUUAGAAGGGUUUGCAGUUCUUAAACAAUUAAAUAUAGACCAUAAGAAUAUAAAGGCUUAUAAUAUUUUAUUUAAUUCAGAAAAUAGCCUGAAGAUUACUGGGUUUGCCGUUCCAGAAACAGAAAUUAUUAGUAUUUGUAAAUUUCCUGAAAAUCAAAGCGAUUUCUUUCAAACUGAAGAUGAUUAUUGGUCACCAAAAAAAGAAAAACAUGAUGGUAUAUCUCAAAUUGAUUUCGAAAAAUCAGAUGUCUAUUCUCUUGGUCUCGUAAUUUGACAGAUGGUCACGCUUUGUCAUACAUCAACCUUUAAUUUAAACUGCUUAAGCCAGAUUAGAUUUCCAUGAAUUUCCUAUAUACUAAAAUGAAUGCUAUGCGUAGACCCAAACAGGAGGAAAGAUUUUGCUGGUAUUUACCAAGCAGUGAUUUCUAUCAUGCCUCAUUAA